UCGGAGCGUGCCUUCCACCACCGUCUCCCCGCGCCCGAGUUUCCCUCCGCGCGCCCAGCCCCGCGCCUCUCACCCCGACGCCGGCAGCAGCAUGAAGGUGGCCAGUGGCAGCGCCGCGGCCGCCGCGGGCCCCAGCUGCGCGCUGCGGGCCGGCAGGGCGGCGGGCGAGGGCGUGCGCUGCCUGGCGGAGCAGAGCGUGGCCAUCUCCCGCUGCGCCGCCGGCUCCGCCGCGCGCCUGCCCGCGCUGCUGGACGAGCCGCCGGUCAACGUGCUGCUCUACGACAUGAACGGCUGCUACUCGCGCCUCAAGGAGCUGGUGCCCACGCUGCCCCAGAACCGCAAGGUGAGCCGCGUGGAGAUCCUGCAGCACGUCAUCGACUACAUCUGGGACCUGGAGCUGGAACUCAACUCGGAGUCCCAGGCCGGGAGCCCCGGCGCCCGGGGGCUGCCCGCGCGCGCCCCGCUCAGCACCCUCAACGGCGAGAUGAGCGCCCUGGCCGCCGAGGCGGCGUGUGUCCCCGCGGACGACCGCAUCCUGUGCCGCUGAAGCGCGUGCCCCGGACCCGCCGACCCCCGCCCUGCAGGGGCGAGAGGCAGGAGCGCCCCGGCCCCGAGCGCCCGGGGAGGAACAGGACAGGCCGAGACCGGCGGCCUUGGGCUGGGGCUCCCGUGGACCCAGCCCGGGGAUGGGGGGCUGACAGGACGACGGGCCGACCUCCUCUCCACACCUACCAGCCACCAGAGACUUGGGGGAGUUUCCCCCCCGUGUGUUUCUAUUUUUUGAAAAGCAAGACAUUUUAAAAAAUGGUCACGUUUGGUGCUUCUCAGAUUUCUGAGGAAAUUAUUGCUUUGUAUUGUAUAUUACAAUGAUCACCGACUGAGAAUAUUGUUUUACAAUAGUUCUGUGGGGUUUUUUUGUUGGUUUUUUUCUUCUGUUAUUAAACAAAUACUUUAGAUGAUGGUAA